CUAUCCACCUGCAAAAGGCGCUUCCCUGCACUCACUUGAGCGCUGCUGCGCACGGCUGAACCCCGUCUCCUCCGCUCGUCUCCAGGAACAACUCUUUGUUUGUUACCUCCUCCGGUGGAAAAUACAGAAUCUGCUGAUGCGAUUUAGAGAUCACUUCAAGUCAAAGCGGCUGCGUCAAGUUAAUUCAAAUCCAAGCUUUGUUUGGCUCUGGGAUAAUCGUGCAGGAUCUGCGGCGGAUACACUGACACUCAGCCUGCGGACAGGGGAGCUCAAACAAUCUGGGUGGAUGGUUUUAAAUACUGAGCAGCAAGAUCACCAUAUUCACCGGACGGUUACUAUAAGCUCCUGGACUCUCUUUCUUCUCUUUUAACAAGCAGAGGGACAAUGUUGUGGGACACACUGUGCUGGCUGCUGGCCCUACUGGCCUUAUCGUCUGGGGCUCUGCCGCCUUCCAACGAGCCUCAGUCUGCUCCCAGAAUCUUCCUGUCCUUUAAAGAGUUAAAGUCCACUGGCACGGCCCACCACUUCUCCUUUCUGCUGAACUCCACCGACUAUCGGAUCCUUCGCAUGGACGAGGAUCACGACCGCAUGUAUGUGGGCAGCAAAGAUUAUAUCCUCUCUCUGGAUCUGCACGACAUCAACAAGGAGCCACUCAUAAUCCACUGGCCUGUUGCCUCCCAGAGGAAGACUGAAUGUGUCCUGUCAGGAAAAGACACGAAUGGGGAAUGUGGAAACUUCAUCCGUCUGAUUGAGCCGUGGAACCGGACCCACCUGUAUGUGUGUGGAACGGGCGCGUACAACCCCAUCUGCACCUACGUGGACCGGGGACGUAGGUCACAGGGGUCCCAAUUCCUACAGGCCCCCCAGUCAGGAGGGAGAACAAGUCGAGCAGCCGACUUCACCACUGCAUCAGAGCCUCUGGAGGCGAAGGAAUACAUUUUCCGUCUUGAGCCUGGUAAAGUGGAUUCUGGGAAAGGAAAAUGUCCUUAUGACCCCAAACUUAACAGCGUCUCAGCUUUGAUCAAUGGAGAGCUGUACGCGGGAGUGUACAUUGAUUUCAUGGGAACAGACUCUGCCAUCUUCCGUACUCUGGGGAAGCAGACAGCCAUGAGGACUGAUCAGUACAACUCCAGAUGGUUAAACGAUCCCACAUUCGUCCAUGCACACCUAAUCCCGGACAGCGCUGAGAAGAAUGAUGACAAACUCUACUUCUUCUUCCGCGAGAAAGCCUCUGAUAUGGGACAGAGUCCCAUGACCCAGUCCAGGAUAGGGCGGAUCUGCCUGAAUGACGAUGGGGGACACUGCUGCCUGGUCAACAAGUGGAGCACAUUCUUAAAGGCUCGUCUCAUCUGCUCUGUGCCCGGAGCCGACGGCAUUGAGACACACUUUGAUGAACUAAGGGACGUGUAUAUCCAGCCCACUCAAGACACCAAGAAUCCCGUCAUCUAUGGAGUCUUCUCAGUUUCAGGGUCUGUGUUCAAGGGCUCGGCCGUGUGCGUCUACUCCAUGGCGGACAUCCGUAUGGUCUUCAACGGGCCAUUUGCUCACAAGCAAGGCCCCAACUACCAGUGGGUGGCAUACACUGGGAAGAUCCCCUACCCUCGACCUGGCACUUGUCCUGGAGGCACUUUCACUCCCAACAUGAAAUCCACAAAGGAUUACCCAGAUGAGGUUAUCAACUUCAUGAGAAACCACCCCACCAUGUACAACGCCGUAUACCCAGUGCACAAGCGCCCCCUGGUGGUCAGAACCAACGUGGACUACGAGUUCACCACAAUUGCUGUGGACCAAGUCGCAGCUGCUGAUGGGAACUAUGAGGUGCUCUUCCUCGGCACAGAUCGUGGGACCGUCCAGAAAGUGAUUGUCCUCCCGAGGGAUGAUUUGCAGACAGAGGAACUGGUGUUAGAGGAAGUGGAAGUGUUCAAGGUUCCCACACCAAUUACCACGAUGAAGAUUUCAUCAAAACGGCAACAACUGUAUGUAGGAUCAGUCUUGGGUGUGACCCACUUGGCUCUCCAUCGCUGUGACGUGUACGGGGAGGCCUGCGCUGACUGCUGUCUGGCCAGGGACCCGUACUGCGCCUGGGACGGCAAGUCCUGCUCCAGAUACUCCGCCUCGCAGAAGAGACGGAGCCGCCGGCAGGAUGUGAAGUAUGGAAACCCAAUCCGCCAAUGCAGAGGUUACAACUCUAACAGUGAGUCCAAUAAGAACACCGUGGACUCAGUCCAGUAUGGGGUGGAGGAGAGCACUACGUUCUUGGAGUGUCAGGCCAGGUCUCCUCAUGUGUCUCUCAAGUGGCACCUGCAGAAGGAAAACAGUGACAGGAGGAAAGAGAUUCGCUCAGAGGGCCGCAUCCUUAAAACCGACCAAGGCCUUCUGAUCCGCUCGCUGCAGUCCUCCGACAGCGGCAUCUACCAGUGCACGUCCACAGAGAAAAACUUCAAGCACACCCUCGUGAAGCUGCAGCUCGUGGUCCUCUCCAGACGCACCGUCAACAACGUGUUGGUGGAGACAGGCAGCCCGGCCCUCCCUCCGCUGCAGUCCAGCGCCUGGACUCCGAGCGCUGGUCAGUACAAGGACCUGCUAACCAUCCUCAGCCAGCCAGAGAUGGGGCUGAUCAACCAGUACUGCCAGGAUUACUGGCAGCUUGGUGAAGGCAGCCUUGUGGACAACAAAGCCAAAGGCAUGAAGGAACUGAAAGAACAGAAGAAGCCUCGCAACCGCCGGCAUCACGACGAGGACACGACCCCAGCCGAGACAUGAGGAACUAGACGUGCAGCCUCGUCGUAUUCAAAUACCCCCCGCGUCUACCUUUUCACACAACCUCCUAAACACUGCAACCCUCCAUUUAGAGGAAUGACUCCAGUCGCACGACAGAAACUGCAACAGAAAGCAACAGCAUCGUAACUGUUGGAAAAAAAAAUACACAAUAUUUAUUGUAGGUUGUAAAAAGUAAUUCUUUGUACCUAUCUAGAAAACAUGUUUUUUUGUGAAUAGAUAAAUCUGUGCAAAUGUUGUUAUUAUAAUAUUAUUGUUGGUGUUUAUUACAAUGUGUUAUUAUGUUGAGAAUAUCUUUAUGUUUGGUGUUUUUGAGAAACAGCAACAAUAACCCAGGACAAUGGGAGGAUGCGCACGUGGACAAGGACUAAUGAACCAUGUAUUCAGAAGCUGACCAUGUUGGAUCAUUGGAUCAUUUGACUGCUGGCAGUAUUUAGUGUCUAAGCUGAGAAGAGUCAGGAAGUCUCUGACCUCUCAAACUUCCCUAAACUUCUUCCCCAGAACUAUCUACUGUAUGUGGGCCUUUUUUUUUUUCUUUUUCUUUUUUUUUUUUUUUUACUGCAGAGUACAAGAUGACAGAAAGAUGGCGUUUCACGGGACAUGCAGACAUUUAUAGAAAUGCCUACAGACAUGCCCACACAUGUGUCACGCAGUCACAUGUGAAUGAAAGGCCUUGGGUGGCAGGCCAGAUGACUUUCCUUUCAUAAUGUGGUCCAGCCUGGCCUCAAGUGAAGAUGUUGCAUCGCUCGCUCAAAUUCUUCCAAAACUCGGUUGCUGCCAAGUGUUUGUUUUUGUUUAUAUGUGAAUAUCACAUCUCAAUGUUGUAUUCUUAACAAACGUGAUCUUCGUGAUAAGCUGUUUUUUGGGAGAAAGGGUCUUUUAAUGACACAAAAGCUGAAAAACAUGACAUUGCCUUCUCUUUUCUCUCUGUGGGGAUGAGAUAUUCCAGCAGGCAGCUAUAUGUGAGUUUGUGACAGUUUGUGAAUUUAAAAAAAUAUAUUAUUAGACAAAGCACCUUCUGUUGCCAAAUUGGUGAUUUCAAUAAAUAGUAAAUACUUCAUAUGUAUCUGUGGCAUAUUAUAUGCAGUAUAUUCAUACAAGGUCAAGGAUACAGUUUGUAUGCUCAAAGCAUUUUUUUAAGCUCUCAAUGAAUCCAAAGUUUGCAUUCCUGAGAUUUUCAUCCUAAAUAUUAGUUUAAGUAAAUAUGAAUUAGUUAAUCAAGUUAAUCAAAUGACUGGUGCUGUACUUCCUUUUUCAACUGGUUAACGGCCGAGCUUUCAUAGCAACUUUUUGUGCUAGUGCAGUGUCGCCCUGAUGUGAAACUAUGAAACUGAACAACUUCUACACAGUAAAAACAGAAGUCACAACCACUACAACCAGUAACAAGCUGAUCACCACCAAACCUGAAGGGAAACCCUCAGCGAAAUCUUCAGAAGGUGGCUUGUUAUCGUGCAUGGCAUGUACAGUGUAAUGUAUAUGGUAUUUGUCUAAGAUGCUACGUUGCCGUGGAUGUUUGUGAAUGUCUGUCUCGUUGUGGGAAUAUGGAAAUACUAUCAGAAAUACAUGAUAGAUGUGCUCACACAUUUUUAUGGUGGGAAAUGCUGAAAGGUCAGAAAGAUUGUGAUUUUAUUUUUCCUCUGUCUCUUUCUCUCCCUCUUUUUUUUUUUGGUUCUCAAAAAAGCAAACAUAUAUUUCAAACAUGUGCAUCCGUUUUCUUUUCUCUGUUUGGCAGACUCAGACUGACCCUGGGUCACUGAGGUAAAGUGAUGUACGAUAAGCACAGUGGGUGUUAUUAUAAUGACUUGUAAAAAAAUUACUAUCUUUUCUUCCUCCUCAAUGUUGCUAACUAAUAAAUUAAAGCUCUAUAUUUUAUAAUAA